CGUCUCGCGAGAGGACGGUUGCGCGAGCCUCGGCGGCCCGGAACCGGCCUUGGAGCGGUGGCGGAACCUGCGGCCGCCUGCCCUCCCGCCCCAUGGAGCGGCCCCCGGGGCUGCGGCCGGGCGCGGGCGGGCCCUGGGAGAUGCGGGAGCGGCUGGGCACCGGCGGCUUCGGGAACGUCUGCCUGUACCAGCAUCGGGAACUUGAUGUCAAAAUAGCAAUUAAAUCAUGUCGCCUAGAGCUAAGUACCAAAAACAGAGAGCGGUGGUGCCAUGAAAUCCAGAUCAUGAAGAAGUUGAACCAUGCCAAUGUUGUAAAGGCCUGUGAUGUUCCUGAGGAGCUGAAUUUUUUAAUUAAUGAUGUGCCUCUUCUAGCAAUGGAAUACUGCUCUGGAGGAGAUCUCCGGAAGCUACUGAACAAACCAGAAAAUUGCUGUGGACUUAAAGAAAGCCAGAUACUUUCUUUACUAAGUGAUAUAGGGUCUGGCAUCCGAUAUUUGCAUGAAAACAAAAUUAUACAUCGUGAUCUGAAACCAGAAAACAUAGUUCUUCAGGAUGUUGGUGGAAAGAUUAUGCAUAAAAUAAUUGAUCUGGGAUAUGCAAAAGAUGUUGAUCAGGGAAGUCUGUGCACAUCUUUUGUGGGAACGUUACAGUAUCUGGCCCCAGAACUCUUUGAGAAUAAGCCUUACACAGCCACUGUUGAUUACUGGAGCUUUGGGACCAUGGUAUUUGAAUGUAUUGCUGGAUACAGGCCUUUUUUGCAUCAUCUGCAGCCAUUUACCUGGCAUGAGAAGAUUAAGAAGAAGGAUCCAAAGUGUAUAUUUGUAGGUGAAGAGAUGACAGGGGAAGUUCGGUUUAGUAGCCAUUUACCUCAACCAAAUAGUCUUUGUGGUUUAAUAAUAGAACCCAUGGAAAGCUGGCUACAAUUGAUGCUAAAUUGGGAUCCUCAGCAAAGAGGAGGACCUAUUGAUGUUACUUUGAAGCAGCCAAGAUGUUUUGUAUUAAUGGAUCACAUUCUGAAUUUGAAGAUAGUACACAUCUUAAAUAUGACUUCUGCAAAGAUAAUUUCCUUUCUGUUGCCACCGGAUGAAAGUCUUCAUUCACUACAAUCUCGCAUUGAGCGUGAAACGGGAAUAAAUACUGUUUCUCAAGAGCUUCUUUCAGAGAUGGGAAUUUCUCUGGAUCCUCGGAAACCAGCCUCUCAAUGUGUUCUAGAUGGAGUUAGAGGUUGUGAUAGCUAUAUGGUUUACUUGUUUGAUAAAAGUAAAACUGUAUAUGAAGGACCAUUUGCUUCCAGAAGUUUAUCUGACUGUGUAAAUUAUAUUGUACAGGACAGCAAGAUACAGCUUCCUAUUAUACAGCUACGUAAAGUAUGGGCCGAAGCAGUGCACUAUGUGUCUGGGCUAAAGGAAGACUACAGCAGGCUCUUUCAGGGACAAAGAGCAGCAAUGCUUAGUCUUCUUAGAUAUAAUGCUAACUUGACGAAAAUGAAGAACACUUUGAUUUCAGCAUCUCAGCAACUGAAAGCUAAAUUGGAAUUUUUUCAUAAAAGCAUUCAGCUUGACUUGGAAAGAUAUAGUGAGCAAAUGACUUAUGGCAUAUCCUCAGAAAAAAUGUUAAAAGCGUGGAAGGAGAUGGAAGAAAAGGCUAUCCACUAUGCUGAGGUGGGUAUCAUCGGUUACCUGGAGGAUCAGAUUAUGUCACUGCACACUGAAAUCAUGGAGCUACAGAAAAGCCCCUAUGGAAGACGUCAGGGAGACUUGAUGGAAACUCUGGAACAGCGUGCCAUUGAUCUGUAUAAGCAGUUAAAGCACAGACCUCCAGAUCACUCCUACAGUGACAGUACGGAUAUGGUGAAGAUCAUUGUGCAUACUGUGCAGAGUCAGGACCGGGUUCUCAAGGAGCUGUUUGGUCAUCUGAGCAAGUUGUUGGGCUGUAAGCAGAAGAUUAUUGAUCUCCUGCCCAAGGUGGAAAUCGCCCUUAGUAGCAUCAAAGAAGCUGACAACACUGUCAUGUUUAUGCAGGGAAAGAGGCAAAAAGAAAUAUGGCAUCUCCUUAAAAUUGCUUGUACACAGAGUUCUGCCCGAUCCCUUGUAGGAUCCAGUCUAGAAGGUGCAGUAACCCCUCAGUCAUCAGCAUGGCUACCCCCAACUUCAGCAGAACAUGAACCUUCUCUGUCAUGCGUGGUAACUCCUCAAGAUGGGGAGACUUCAGCACAAAUGAUAGAAGAAAAUUUGAACUGUCUUGGCCAUUUAAGCACUAUUAUUCAUGAAGCAAAUGAGGAACAGGACAGUAGCAUGAAUCUUGAUUGGAGUUGGUUGACAGAAUGACUAUCUGUUCACUGUCUCUCUGUGGAAGUUGUUAACAAGUGUCAAAAACUUGUUAUCACUCAUGAACCCAUUCUUCGGAUACUAGUCAUCGGAAGAAACGUCUAUGGUUAGAAACUACUUAUGAUUUUACUAACACAAUAUUUUUACUUUGGGUAAUUUCAACUUUGAACAGAUAGAACUUUGCAAGAAGUCAGUGAAUUUGUUUAAAUACUGCAGCUAUGUAGGGUAUCACUGCAAUUCAUUUGUCUUCAAACUUGGGAAAACAUUACUUAUUUAACUGAGUAAAAAGAAUCUUUUAAUGUUUAACUUUUGGGUAUAAAGCCACAAAUAUAUACAGAGAAGAAAACCUCAGCUAAUAAUUAUGUAUUCCUAGUAAAAGUUGUCUGCCUAUGUUUCAAUGGAAGAGACUGCUCACAAGUAAAAUAAUAUUUCUUGAAGAAAAAUCCCUACCUCCUUGUGUUGCACAGUGCUCUUCCUGGCAUCAUAAGGAGUUGGCUCAAUUACAUUUUUGCUUUUACUGCACAUUUGACAGUAUUCCUUUCCUACAUAAGAGAUUGCGCAUCUGUGUUUUUAAUACCAGGUGCCUUACAUGAGUGUGCUAUGUAUAUAUGUAUUUAAGAUGUACAUUUAAAUAAUAUCAUAGUGAUGAUGUCUGUUAAUUUAUAAUGUAUUUGAAAACUCACCUGUUUUUUCAGUUGUAAAAAUGGCUCAUUUGUUUAAGAAAUCUUUCAUUUCUUGUCAUACAAAUUUAUAAAGGUCUGUACUCCCUUAUCUAUAAUUCCAAAAUUCAAAAAGCUAUAUACAGGUUUUUUGUAAGCUUGGCAACAAAGCUCAUUUGUUUGCAAGCCUAAUUUGAACUGACAUUGACUACUUCUCCCAUCAGUGUGAAUAUUCAUUUAUUUUUCUGAAGAACUAAUAAUGUGUUUCAUAAUGAGGGGGCAGGGUGCUGUCAUAGACCCUGCUUGGUGGGGUGGGGGGGGGGGUUAUAUAGUAUGCUUUGUGCAUCAAAUUACCUUUGUGAAACCUGAAAAUUUCAUAAUUCCGAAGCAUCUGACCCUAAGGGUUUCAGAUAAAGAAUUGUGGAUCUCUGUCUUCAGUUAAGUAAGUUAAAGGGUAUUGUUUGUUUUUAAAAAAUGUGAAAUGCUUUUGUAUUGUAGACAGUUUUUCACUUUGCAUAUUAAAUGAUUUUUAAAUUACUUUUUGAAUCUUUAUUCUUUAAAAUUAGAAUCUAACAUAAAUAUGUAGGGAAAGGAGGCCUCCCUGGUGGCACAGGGGUAAAGUCUCAGUACUGCGAAGCUGUCCACAGCCACUGUGGCACGAGUUCGAUCCCUGGCCAGGGAGCUACCCACAUGGCACAGCAGGCCUCUCCUGUCUCGCCCGCUGCUCCCCUCAGCAGUGUAUUUCAGUCAACCUACCUGUUCUGCUCCCCAUUCUGUCUCUGGUGAAUCCUCUCACCCCCCACAUCUCUGGCCUGUACCCCAGCUCCUGUAUACAUAAAUAAAUAAAAAUAAAUCUUAAAA